AUGCACAUCAAGGAAAUCCUCUCCGAGGCGGAGAAGGGCGCUCAGCCCUCCUUCUCCUUCGAAUACUUCCCGCCCAAGACGUCGCAGGGCGUCCAGAACCUUUACGAGCGAAUGGACCGCAUGUACAACCUCGGGCCCAAGUUCAUCGACAUCACCUGGGGCGCCGGCGGACGCAUUGCUGAGCUGACAUGCGAGAUGGUCACCCAGGCCCAGUCCGUCUCCGGCCUCGAGACGUGCAUGCACCUGACCUGCACCGACAUGGGCCUCGACAGGGUCAACGAGGCCCUCGCCAGAGCCUACCAGGCCGGCUGCACAAACAUCCUCGCCCUUCGUGGUGAUCCUCCCCGUGACCAGGAGAAGUGGACGGCGACCGACGGCGGCUUCCAGUACGCCCGCGACCUCGUCAGGCACAUCCGGGACACGUACGGGAACCACUUCGACAUCGGCGUCGCCGGCUACCCCGAGGGCUGCGACGACAACAAGGACGAGGACGAGCUGCUCGACCACCUCAAGGAGAAGGUUGACAUGGGCGCCACCUUCAUCGUCACCCAGAUGUUCUACGACGCCGACAACUUCAUCCGCUGGGCGGCCCGGGUCCGCGACCGCGGCAUCACCAUCCCCAUCCUCCCCGGCAUCAUGCCCAUCGCCACCUACGCAAGCUUCCUCCGCCGGGCAAACCACAUGCAGUGCCGCGUUCCGCCCGAGUGGCUGGAGCGUCUCGAACCUGUCAAGAACGACGACGUGGCCGUCCGUGAGCUUGGCAAGUCGCUCGUCGCCGACAUGUGCCGCAAGCUGCUCGCCAACGGCAUCCACCACCUGCACUUUUACACCAUGAACCUCGCCCAGGCCACCCGCAUGCUUCUCGAGGAGCUCGAGUGGGCACCUUGCGCCGAGCGGCCGCUGCACCCGGCCCUCCCCUGGAAGCAGUCCAAGGCCCUCGGCCGUCGCGACGAGGAUGUCCGGCCCAUCUUCUGGCGAAAGCGCAACAAGUCCUACGUCCUCCGCACCCAGGACUGGGACGAGUUCCCCAACGGCCGCUGGGGCGAUUCUCGAUCGCCCGCCUUCGGCGAGCUCGAUGCUUACGGCAUCGGCCUGACGGGCACCAACGAGUCCAACCAGGGGAAGUGGGGUGUGCCCAAGAAGCUCCGGGACAUUGCCGACACCUUCGUCCGCUACCUCAACCAGGAGAUAGACUCACUUCCCUGGAGCGAGUCCCCUCUCACCGGCGAGGCCGACGCGAUCCGACGCGACCUCAUCGCUCUCAACCAGCGGGGUCUUCUGACAAUCAACUCCCAGCCCGCCGUUGAUGGUGUCAAGUCUUCGCACCCGAUCCAUGGCUGGGGCCCUUCCAACGGCUACGUCUACCAGAAGGCCUACCUCGAGCUGCUCGUGCCUCCCUCCAUCGUCGACCAGAUGCUGAGCCGGAUCGGAUCCAACUCCAGCCUUUCAUACUAUGCCGUCACCAAGAAUGGCGAACUCAAAUCCAACGCCGCCUCGGACGGACCCAAUGCCGUUACCUGGGGUGUUUUCCCCGGCAAGGAGAUUGUCCAGCCCACCAUCGUUGAGAGCGUCAGCUUCCUGGCCUGGCGGGACGAAGCCUUCCGUCUGGGCACGGACUGGGCUCACUGCUUCGACCCCGAUACCCCAAGCAGGACGCUGAUCGAGACGAUUAUGGAUGAGUGGUACCUCGUCAAUAUUGUCAACAACGACUUCCACGACAACCAGACCAUCUUCGAGCUCUUCAAGGAUCUCGAGGUGAAGGAAGCCGACAUCAUUUCGCUUUCAUGA